GUAGGAACCCACGGAGAAAGCGAUUCACAGUGGGUUUCGGUGAGGGCGCAGAGAGCAAAUGGAGAGAGAACCCAAAUGGAGGGACGUUAACGCAUGAUCUCUGUACACUCGAUGCUUUGUGUAUUGUAGUGGAUUCUCUUCUCUGCACGCCGAGUUUUCCCUUCUCUGACCUCAAUUUUCUCCUCCCAACUUUAUCCCAAAGCUGCUGACUUCCCUCCCCCCCCCUCUCUCUCUCCGCAGACUAGAUCUCUGGUAGGAGUACCGUCCAUGGCGAAAAUGGACACACGACAACACCUCGAUCGCGGUCUCAAGCUCGGGACGGCGAGCCCCAAUCUCGCCAUGAGCUGAUCCUCAUCAUGUUUGCUUCCGAACCCAGCUCUCGAUUUGGUCAUUUUCUGUGCCUCUUGUUUGUUUUUUGCAAAUUGCGCCUUUGUUUUUUCUUCAGUAAAUUGUAAUUGCAGAAACCCUGAUCAUUGGUUAAGUCAUAUGGCGACCUGGGUGGGCUGGGAAUGUGCAUGUAUCUGUCUUACUUAGGGUUUUGAUUCGUAAAGUUACGAGCUUUAUGACCUGGGUUAGAGCUUAGAAACGCCUUUUUGGGUAGUAGUCAGUUUUUUUAAUCUUUUUUCCUGUGUUUUAAACAUCUGGGUUUGUUUGAUUUAUUAUGGGUGACGAGACUCCUGGGACGAUGAAUCUCGAUUUGAACCUGGGACCUCUGUUUCCGCCGCCCUCGCCCAGUCGUGAACUGGGUUCUGGUUCAGGUCUGCUAUUGGGUGAACCGGCGAACUUGGCUGAUUGGGUUGAGGAACAACCUGUUCGCAGAAGAAUAACGGAAGCUGUGAGGCCGGGGACUCGGCAGCGGUGGCGGUGGCAACAGGUCCAGAUACCCCCUGAAACUAGGAACAUUUCAAUGGAAUUGAUUGGAAAUUCGGGGGGUGAUGGGAGUGGGUCACAGACUGGUGAGGGUAGUGCUGCUGCCGAGGAAAGGGUGGACGUGCCGACCAAAACAUGUGAACAUGAUAAUGGGGACAUGGGAGAUGAGGCGUUGGGGAAAACAGAAGAUGUGGAAAAGGGUUGCAGCAAUGAGGGGAGCUUUUUUGACUGUAAUAUUUGUUUGGACUUGGCUUGGGAUCCUGUUUUAACUUGUUGCGGGCACUUGUUUUGUUGGCCAUGUCUUUAUCGAUGGCUUCAUAUUCAUUCGGAUGCCAAGGAAUGUCCGGUGUGCAAAGGAGAAGUGACUGAUAAAAGUGUGACUCCAAUUUUUGGCCGUGGAAACAAUUCCCGUGAACCAGAAGAGGAUUUUUGUCUUAAGAUCCCUCCUAGGCCCCAGGCAAGGCGAGUUGAGAGUUUAAGACAAAACAUCCAAAGGAAUUCAUUUAGUUUUUCGAUGGAGGAAAUGUUUCGGCGCCUUGGAAGUAGAUUUGAUUUGACCCGGGAUUUGAUCCAGUCUCAGGAUGCUGAUGGUGCCCGUGACAUGCCUGAAAGAACUAGUUCUUUGCUUAAUCGAAUUCUGACUUCACGUGGAAUGCGCAGAGAGCAGAGUGCGGUUGUGCCUCCUGAUGAUGUUGUGGAUUUGACCCCGAGCAGCAUAACUAAUCUCGAAGGGGAGGAUAACCGCCAGCUUACAAGCCUGCAGAUACUUCGGAGAGCACACACACAUAGGGCUGCUGCAUUUUCUUCCCUUUCAUCUGCACUAAGUUCUGCUGAAAGGUUGGUUGAGGCAUACUUCAGAAGCCAUCCUGUGGGAAGGAAUCAAGAACAGCCUCCACCUGUUGAAGAUAGAGAUUCUUUCUCUAGCAUUGGUGCUGUAAUACAUUCAGGGAGUCAAACAAUGGAUACGGCCAUUGAGAUAGAUUCAACUGUUGCCCUUUCCACUUCAUCUUCUAGAAGAAGAUAUGACGCUUCAAGGACUUCAGAUGUGGACAGUGGAGAUUCUCGUGCACCUAGAAGGAGAAGAAUGAAUUGAAUUGAGUUUCUAUUGGACUCUCACUUAUGGAGUCUCUUCAGAGUUAUAUAUUUUCAACACCUGCUUUUAUUUGAAAAAUGAGCUGUCCCCCCCCCCCCCCCCCCCCGGGGCGCCCCUUGAAGCAUUUCUUUUUCUCUGCAUUUCUGCUUCUGCGAUCUGGAAUUUCUGGCAUUCAGUCAGAGUUACACCGCUGCUGCUUUGCUUAUAUAUAUAUAUAAAAUUUCCCUGCUGCUUAUUGCUGUUUCUAUUUUAUGGAACUUAUGGCAUGAAAUCACAUAUUAUUGAAAAUUUGUGUUAUAUUAUUCAUUUUUAUGUCCUAGUAUUGAGUGUUUUGAUAUUUUAAAAUUCAAAUAUUAGUACUAAUGUGCUUACAAUCAAGAAUCCGUUAUGUAGGGUAUUUUACAAACAAUUUUAAUAAAUGCGCGCUUUUUCAAUGC